CUAGCGUACACAACAUUAACUAACUUAUUCAAUAAAAAACACCACGACAUUUCAUUCACAAACACUAAUAAUCUUUAAAAUAGUAAAAAAAUCUAUUAAAAUCACUUAAAAAAUGAAUAAAAAAGGCAUUGUGUUAGACGUCGAUGAAAGUAUCAUGGAGAAAAAUUUGUUCGUGAUGCCGGACUCGGUUGAUCCUUUAGAAAAACUUAUCCAGCCUGCUACGAGUACAAUGCCUUUCAAAAUUGUGAAGCCAUCACCAGGUCUUUGUGUGAAAACUCACACCAUCCCUGAUAACAAAAAAGUCUUUGUCAAUAUAUGCCAGACUGAUGCUGUGCCUCCCCCAAAGGAUAUUACCACCGAUGAACUUUUGGAUAUUCUUGGAUCUAUGGAUGCCGAUUCAUAUAAAAUUCCUAUGAGCAUAGGAGAGCCUAAGAAUGAUAUUGAUAACAAGAAACAAUCUGUGAUCGUCAUAGACAUUGCCAUUCAUCCUUCUUACUUUGUAAAAAUAAUUGAUGAUGAUAUUUUUAAGUCGUUCCUGUUUAGAGUUGUGUUUGAAGCUUUGGAAUUCAAACAUAACAUUACAGUGAAUCAUGAGGAAUUUAUUAUUUUAAAAAAUAAAAAAGCAUUCGGACAGUUGCAGAGUCAUAAAAUCCAAGAUAGAGAUCUAGCAAAAAUGAAAGGUAUUGAAAUUCCUGGAGAUCAAAAUAAUGAGGAUACCAAAAAGAAACAACCUAUGAUAGAAGAAGUAAUGGACAUUUUACCAAAAACUAGAACACCACAAUACAGAAUUUUACGAGAACCAGAUAUAGGAGAGCCAAAAAAGUUGCUUGGAGAAUUUUUACUCACUGGAGUGUUUUCAACGAAAGAAUUUUAUUUGGAUAUUGGAGAAGAUCGAAUUGUUUUAGAAGCACCCAAUUCUGGAUUCUUUCUAGACAUUUUUAUUCCCUAUAAUAUCAAUCAAGACGGAGUUGCAGCUGAAUUUAACAAACAUUCUUCGAUAUUAAAAGUAACUAUGCCAGUAGCGAUACCAGAGGCUGCGUAAAUGUAAUGUUAAAAGCUCUUUUGCACCAAUAAUAUCUUUGUAUUUCUUUAAAUUUAAUACAUUUACAUUACUUUAUGAACUUAUGAACUUUAUGCUCGAACCCUUAUUAAUUUUCAUUGCCACUGUUUUUCUGAUUAUAAAACAUAUCUGCCAUCAUAGAUAACAUAUGUGCAGCAUAUUUAAACCAGAUUUUUUCUCUUUAGCAUACAUGUUUUUCAAUAAAGUUAUACCCACAACUUCUUUCAUUUAUAUAUAAUUUAAAAAUCUUAAAAUCUAAUAUUUUAA